AUGGACGAUAAUCAUUGUAAAUCGAAAGCUCGAUCCUUGUACGGGUACGACCACCGGGUCGGGUUGGAUCCCCAAACCCUAUUGAUCAUCAAGCUGCCCGAUUCCCGCGCUCUCCGUAUCCUCUCCAGAUCCCUCUUCUUCGCCAUGCUUCUCAUCGCAUUGCCCUCAAUCGCCUCCAUCAUCGGCGGCGCGUGGCGCUCCGAUUCCGCCAUCGCCGCCGGCUUCCAGAUUCUCCCGAUCCUCCGCGAUUUAAUGGAUGAAGGCCUCAUCAAGCGCGGCCACAGGGGUUUCCUUCUCGGCGAUGUCGAAGACGAGCAUUUGGAUAACUUCCCCAUCGGCUUAAUUCUCGCCGGAGCUGAUGCAAAUCGGAAUAUCGCCGGCGCCGGCGAUCAGGAAUUUGAUUUUGUCUACAUUCCGAGUUUUGGCGGGAAAAUUGAGCAUAUUGAAGGCAUCCUCAAGGACGGCGGCCUGGUGAUCUCUCUGCUCGGCGCCGAUCCGUCCGACGAUCUCCGACUGCCAGAAAAUUUCGACGUUGUAUACGUGAGGAGGUUCGAGAAUACGGUGGUGGCGAUGCGGAAAACGAGAGCCGCCGGAGGGUUCCACGGCGUCUUAGCGGAGAAAGUUAUUUGCGGGGGCCGGGAGAAGAGGAAAAAGGCGUUGAAAGGGUUGGAGGAAGUCUAUCUCGAGCCGCCGCUGCCGCAGUGGCGGAAGAAAGGGUCGGCGUCGAGGAAGGUCAAAUUCCUUCCAGAUCUUUCCGGAGAUCCGCUUGACGAAUACCGGCGCCGGAUAUUCAUCGCGGACGAGACGGGAGCGUUGGAGUGGUUCGACAAAAACUACCCCAAAAAAGGCCACGAAUUCGAAGUGUACGACGCAAGCGGCGGAGAUGCGUUGGCGGCGAUGGCGAGGAUCGACGUGAGGCGGGAAGAUUUCGUGGUGGUGAAGGCGGAGGCGCAGGUGGUGGAGGAGAUGAUGAGGGGGAACCCGGCGGCGUUGUGUCUUGUAGACGAGGUUUUUUUGGAGUGUCGUAACGGAUGGGACGGCGACGGCGACGGCGACGAGAGGAAUGGGAGAAGGAAGAGGAAGAGGGCGUAUUGGGAGUGUUUGUCAUUGUACGGAAGGGUUAGGGAUGAGGGGAUAGCGGUGCACCAAUGGUGGCAUUCUUGA